GCAAUCGGUUCAAGAUUAAGAUUCAUAUUUGGGAGCAACUGGUCCGAAAGGACCCGCCAUUCGCAAUGCACUCCAAACUCUUCCCCUAUGCCUCUCGUUUCUUCCAUAGUGUGGAUGUAGGCAAAUUCCUUCCGAUGAAACUCGUGUUUAUUGCUGCUCUCAUUCUCCUGACCUUUCGGUUGGUACUCGGCUUCAAGAAUAGAGGACGCCUUCCUCCUGGUCCUCGAGGGUUGCCCAUCUUGGGGAACGCCCUGCAACUGGCCUCGGUUUCUCAAAUAUGGCUCAUUUUUGAUAAAUGGAAGUCUCAAUACGGCCCCAUCAUGUAUCUCAACCUGGCAGGCCAACAUAUCGUUGUUCUAAACACUAAAGCUGCAGCAAUAGAACUUUUAGAACGUCGAUCCGCAAUCUACUCAGAUCGGCCAAAGAGUAUUGUAGGCGAAUAUGUUGGAACAGCGUUAACAAUGCCGUUCGUAAGAUAUGACAAACGAUGGCAGCGAAUGCGCCGCGCAGCUCAUGCAGUUCUGAAUGUCCGCGCUAGUGCACAAUAUCAACCUGUUCAAAUUGAAGAAGCUGUUAUUUUUGCACACAAACUGCUGUACGACACGUCUUCCCCCUUGUCCACAAAGAUAGCUAGAUCGGCUUCUACUAUGAUUUCGGUAAUAUAUGGUAAACAGCUUUUAGAAUCCUCCGAGAAGCCAAAGCAGUCAGAUGCACUCCCGGAAAACCAUUCAUCUGAAACUUUCGGCUCUUCUCCUUUAGACCCACUACAGGCUCUCACAGACACUGUGCAUACAUUCACCAACGCUUUGGCUCCAGGUGCACAUCUAGUCGAUUUUCUACCGAUAUUAGAUUAUCUUCCUACAGCAAUGGCAAAGUGGAAAAGGAAUGCUAAACGCACCUUUCAGCAAACCACAAAUCUCUACGAAAAUUAUUACAAUACUACGGUUAAUCACAAUAAUCAGCAACCCAACCUUUGUGUCAGCCUUGCAGAAAAUGAAGUAGCGGGCGAGUUGACUGCAGUUGAAAAGGUUUGGGUAACUGGGGCCAUCUCUGCUGCCUCUCUCGACACGACGACUGUCACCAUAUCGUACUUUCUUUAUGCCAUGAGCAUUUACCCGAAUGUGCAGGCGCGUGCACAAAGGGAACUAGAUGAAGUUGUAGGGAGGUCAAGGAUGCCAACGUUCGAUGAUAUGACGCAGCUUCCAUACAUCAAGGCAAUUGUCAAAGAGGUUUUGAGAUGGCAGCCUGUAACGCCCUUGGCUGUACCGCAUGCUGCAAUGGAGGAUGAUUGGUAUGAGGGUUAUCUCAUACCCAAAGGAACAAUUAUAUUUCCCAACGUAUGGUCAAUGAACCGCGACCAAGAGACAUAUGGUCCAGAUGCUGACCAGUUUUCUCCUGAGCGAUUUGUUCAGAAAUCGGAAACUGGCGACGCAUUUGUACUGCGCCCUGAAUUCGAAAAUAAUGAUGGACAUUACACUUAUGGAUUUGGCAGGCGAAUAUGUGUUGGACGAUACGUGGCCGAAAACUCUCUAUUCAUCACUGCGUGCACGAUUUUGUGGGCACUUUAUAUCGAGCCCAAGGCCAAUGCAACUCCAAAUCUUGAGGAAAAACACAGAGAAGCUCAAGAUAUAUUGAAUUCCACUCCAGAUUUCGAUUGUCAUUUUUCCCCUCGGUUUCCAGAAGUAGAAAGGAUUCUUCAGGAUACAGGCUUGGCCGCGUAAUGAUUAUACGCACAUCGAUGUUCAUACCAAGUAAGUAGUAGAAACAUGGAACUUGAAAAUAACAUCAAAUCAUACAUACAUCGAUGACUAGAACUUUUGCUGAGCUAAAAUCCGAAUCGCUUCACUGUCCGGGAAUAGAUAUUAUUAUUCACAGACCUCAGCGGGCUGCCCUUACAGAUCGACAUUCCGCUAUGUUACGCCUUGAGAGGCUCUCGCCAAAAGGCAGUACCAUCAAUAGCACAAGGUCAAUAUCGUCAACUGCCUCAACCUCGUUAGAAAUAUAUCACUCGCAAUUCAACCAGUCUUAAUCUUCAUAUGAACGCUCUUUGCCCGUGUCAACUGGUCAAAUCCUGCGCAGUUUGAUCGACAUCC